AAUUCAGUUCAUACACCAAUUCUGGGACAAAAUUUCAUCAAACAGAUGAAGUGGGGAGCAGUUUUACUUGUGCCUUUCAUCUUCAAUAUCAUUACCCAUUUUGCAGAUCAACAACUAUUUCCACCACAUUUAUAAAGUGGUUUAGGAUAAGCAUUUGCUUCUAUAAAACUCUAUUUUUCUUCACUAUCUCUGCAAAUGCUGGAUUACAAAAUCAAAGUAUAAUGUCUUGGGUAUAACUACAAGUAGCCGUGAAAUUUGAAAAACAAGCGAUUUAAUACAUUUUUCGAGAGAUUUUGAAAGGCACGUAAUGAAAAUCAUGCAAAUUAUAGAAUAAUAGAAUAGUUCAAAGGCUUUUGAAACAACUUGAUAGGUCCAAAUUGUUUACGAUCUGAUCUGUCAAUUCUUAUGAACUCUUAUUGUAAUACUUUUUUUUCUGAAUAAAUUAUGUAUUUGACUUUGUCAUAUAAUCCCAACUGAAAAUGGAUAUGAUAAUGGGCCAGGUUCAAUUUUGUUCAGAUUCAGGUGGAUUUAGAUCAUAAAUUUUGCUGGAUGUAACUUAAUUAAUGCAACAUGCCACGUGUAUUUAAAUAAUUUUAUUUAUUUACUAUUGUUCGAGUGUGUAAUGCAACAUAAAGAUCUUGAAUCCAUUAUUUUCAUACUAAAAAGCAAGAAAAACACUCUAAUCCAAAUAUUGCAAAUCACAAAUGAUUAACCUACAAAAAGGUACGUUCCUAUCUUUUGCUUCCCAUCUAUCAUAGAAAAGAAAUGAAAAAAAGAAUCAAAUAAAAAUUUCACAACCUCCAAAUUGAAUAAAGCAAUGAUCACCCUCAUUCUCCCCCACCGCCACUACCCAAAUAUCACAAGAAAAAUUUGCAAUGUUUCAUCACAGUCUCACAGCAUUAAUUGGGCUAUAAGCCCUUAAACACCAGCUAUCUCAAACAUUUUGUAAUCUAUGAUUAGCAAUUUCACCAAUUUGAAAUAGUUAUUGAUCAGAAAGUAGAAGCCAUAUGAAUAAUUCAAUGGAAAAUCUUUCUCUUCUGAAAAAGUGGGAGUCAGACAAAGAUUUUCAAGAAUGUGUUUUUUGAAGGUUGAUCUCUGUUUGAGCUGAUGCUAUUUGAAUCCUGAAUUUCCGAAUAUUAUUUGUAUGAUUUAAGGAGCUGGAAAAAAUGGGGGUUACAUUAAUGGAGUUUGGGAAUUAUAUGAGGAAAGGUGCGGUGUUUACAGUUAGAUCAGUGUGGCAUCAUCCAUUUCUUGUGUUUCUUGCGUGUGCUGUAAUAUACAUGUCAAUGUCAUUUCCUUUGAUGUUUUCGUUGUUGGUUUCGGCCUCUCCCGUUGUCGUUUGCACUGUUAUUUUGCUCGGAACCCUAUUGUAUUACGGCCAACAUAACAUACAUGAGACUGAAAUCGAGAUGAAAACCAAAUACGAGUCCGUUUCGCUAAGGAAUGGCAAGUUGAUAGAUGCUAGUGUUGUUGUUGAGCAAAAUGAGAGGCCUUUUGUUGAGAAAUGUGGUGAGAGUGUGGAGAAGAAGUUAGGCGUGGUGGAGUCGAGUUUGUUAGGGCAUAAGCCCGAUGAGAUUCAUGUGGGUGGUAGCGUAGAUGGAUCGAAUAAGGGAAGGAGAUUGUCCGAGAUUGAGUCGGAGUGCGGGGAGGAGAGCGAGGCGUUGGGAGGUCCGGUGCACGUGCACGGGGAGAAGGGCGAGUGGAGUGAGGAGAGGGAGAGAGAGGGGCUUGGUGAUGGGGAGGUCAUGGCGGAUCACUAUGCCAUAAUCUCUAAAGUCAUUGGUGAGCUCCUAGAUUCCGAGUCGGAUCACGAGAAAUCCGAGGGGGAUUCUUGCGAUUCCGAGAGGGGGAAUAGGGAGGAGCACCACGAGGAAGGUUCGGACUCGGGGUCCGAGAGGGCCGAGAGCUCGUCUCCGGACGACACCUCGAUCGAUGACAUAAUGCCGACGAUGCUCGACGAGCUCCACCCCCUCUUGGAUGAGGAUGCACCACCGCCGGCUCAAAUGUCGCACGCCGGCUCCGAGACGGCGCUGACCGACCAAUCACCGCGCUCCAGCAACGCCAGCAUUGAGUCGGCCGAUGAGACCGAUGUUCAAGAAUCAGAGGCCGCGGACGACGACGACGACGUCGAGGAGGGGCAGGACGACGAGGAGGAUCACACCAAGUCUGUCAUCACUUGGACAGAGGAGGAUCAGAAGAAUCUAAUGGAAGUUGGAAAUUCGGAGCUCGAAAGGAAUCAACGGUUGGAGAGGAUCUUGAGAAGGAGAAGGAAUCGGAGCAUGGUGCCUGAGAUCAACUUGAUGAACUUUGAAAAUCCUGAUUUCCAGUUCCAAAUCGCUCCCAUCUCCACAGCAAGGCGGAAUCCGUUUGAUCUGCCUCAGGAUUCGGGUCCCGGCUCGGCUCCUUCGGUUCUAUCACGACGAAGAACGAACCCUUUCGAGUUACCAGAUGACUUGACCGAAGAGGAUCCGAAUGAAACAGGGGACGGAUCUCGUGCAGAGCUCAAGCCGUCGCUAACUAGACAUCCGUUCCUUAGAAGGCGCGACAAUUUCUCCGCAAGGCCCUCGAUCUUUUCCCCGAAUAGGCUAGAGAGGCGGCCAGUGAAAAUAAAGCCGUUCUUCGUGGCAGAACAGAGGGUUGUAGACGAGUCGAGCUACUCGCCGUUUAAACGAGAGUCAAGCGGGCAGAGCUCUCCUCCGGAGGAUACAGAGUCAGUUGCCUCAGCCGAGUAUCUUGAAGACGAGGGAUCAGACGAUCUGCAAGAUGCCAUUGAAGAUGACCCAUCCAAUGAUCAAGAAGCUGUUUCUGAGAGCAAGCUGGCAGACGAGGUUCCAAUCAGGGAGCCCAUGUACGACACCGACACGAGCCCCAAGGCUCGACCCCUGGAUGAUGACGGAGUGCAGGUGCGAGAUACCUCGUCUGCACAUUGAGAGUCGACGUCUAUGGAUUCAUCAGAGGGCAAGACUCGUCUCUAGCCAAGUUGUCGAGGAUAAACGAACCCAACAAAACUGCUGCAAGAGUGAGAGCCUAAAACUUCUCAAAACAUGACUCUCAGUUUUAGUGAGAUUUUGGGGAGAUUCUCAUUCCUCAUAUUCACUUCAUUAUUGCUUUCAAAUUGUAUGCACUUGUUUAAAUGCUUGUGUUGAACAUUUGAAAUAUAUUUAUAUAUAUGGAUUAAGAUUAAAUAAAAUACUAAAAAUUACGAA